UUUUGACAUUUUUUUUUUUGGUGCAAAAUUUAAAUGGCGGCUAAAAAUUAACUUUUAUUUAUUAGUUAUAUACUUUGGAAUAUCACCACAAGAUGAAAAGGAUAUUAAGAAGAAAGAGUUGGUCCUGGUCUUCAAGACGUCAUGCCUUAAAAGGAAAGAACGAAAUCAAUCAAGAAUCCAUUGAUAGGGAAAAUGUGGAAAUCUUAUCAUCUUCAUCAACUACUACACCAUUAUCAUCAACUUCAACUCCAACAACUUCAAAUCCUCCUACUUUCACCUUACAUUCAAAUAAUGCCAUUUGUAACGUUGAUAUCUCCCCUUCUUCUUCCACUUCGAGUGAAGUCUCCUUAAUGGAAUCAGUCAAAAUUAAUGAUAAUUCGAAUUUUCUUCAUCCAUUAAAUACUAUGGAUUAUAAUCAUUCUUGUUUAAGUUUAAUUCCAGAUGAUACUGAAGAAAAUAUCAAAAUCCCUACCAUCUAUGAAUCCCUUAUUAAAAAUUCAAUUAUUAAUCCUUUAUAUACCGGUAUACCUGUCAAUAGAUUAGCUUUAUUUGAUAAAAGUGAUCAUUUAGCUUUCAAAUUCCAAUUAAAUAAUGAAUUAAAAUAUAUUGAACAGAAUUAUUAUUUUAGAUGGUUAGUAUGGUAUGAUAAAGAUAAUACGAAAAAGAAGAAUAUUCUUAGAUGUAUUGAAACUUUAAGAGAUUUAAAUGAAUUUUUACAUCAUGAUUAUAAUCAAUUAAUUUAUAAAUAUCAAUGUCAUCGAUUUUUUAUUACAAGAUAUGGAAUCAUUCCUAAUAGAAAUCAAGUACCAAAUGGUUAUACUCUUGAAUUAAAACUUACCAAAUCUAGCAAUGAAGAAAGUCCAAUCAGUAAUAAUGAUUACAAUGAAAAUGGAACUAUAUUAACCGAAAGUUCAAUUAAAUCAUUUAUAUGUCUUUUAUGUAAAGCAAUCUUUUCCAAUCAAAUUUAUAAUAGUUUAGAUGAUUUACAAAUUUCAGUAUGUGGAAUAAGUUAUAAAUCAUUACUUAAUUCAAUUCAAGUAUCAAUUUGGAUAUAUCCCUUUGAAAAUCAUAUUUAUAAUGAAGAAUUCUUAAUUGAUCAAAUUCAAAUUUUAAUUAAAAUUUUAAGAUUUAAUGUAUCAUCAAAUAAUUUUGAAUCAUUAUUUGAUAAAGUUUUACUUAUGAAUAAUAAUAAUAAUUCAACAAUAAUUUUAGAAUUUAUUUAG